CUCUUCUUCCUCCUUUGUCUUACUUUUCUUGGUUUACUUGAAUAAAAACCCCUAAAAGUCUUUAUUAUUCCUGUUCGAUCAUAAAUGGUGUGGUGUUAGUAGUUAUGCAUUAGAAGACCUUGUGGAAUAUGACCCUUGGGCAUCUUAAGAAUUUGAUAACAUGAUAUUUGCACAUAUUUUGCCCACUAUUCUUGCACCAUUUGAGGGUCGAUUCUCAUGUUUUAAGCUGAUUUCACGCUAGGUUGUGCUUUUGUGUCGUAUUUCAGGACCUGGAGCGGAAAUGGAGGCUGGGAAGCUAGUUUCGGGUCGGAAGAAGAGAAAUGGCGGAAAAGUGGAGUUGGAAGGCAAAAUAGCCGGUCAGACCACCCAAAUACAUAACUGGGUAUAUUCAGGAGAGGCCGGGUAAGCUAUCCAGGAGAACCCAGGAGCCCCCCCCCCCCCCCCCCCCCGGUCGUGAACUAAAAAAUAACUGACUUGGUAUUUCACUAAUCAAGUAUUUCCCUUGCACAGAGAAGACAAUGCACACAUUUUUGCUUAAAUAACCGGUCUGAUCCCCUAAUACCUGACCGAGUAUUCAAACCGAGUAUGCCCUGCUGGGGCUGUUACAAGUAGAACCCCGGGUUUGGAUGGCGAUUCGAGUUUUGAAGCUGAAAAUAGAGGUUUAGAGAGAGAAAAUCAAGUUUUCCCAUCAUUGGAGCUCGAUUCAAGCCCCAAGGAGUGACGAUUGAUGACCCUGAGGCAAUAGGUGUUUGUUACUCUGCCGGCAGAGUGACUCACCCAACUUAGAGUGAAACUGGAUACGAAAGGAAGAUUAGCGCCAUCAGUCAUAAUUGGCGGCCUAGUCCCUGAAAUCUCUAUUCUCGAUGCCAGUUUGAAGAGUUAAUUGGGGAUCUCAUUUUGAUAGAUGUACCCAUGAGAACUCAUCGCCUGAGUUCCCUUAGUUGCAUAGGUAGACUAAACCUAGAGGUUCUAGACUAUGUAAUCUCAAUUUUGCAUAUAUAUAAUGAGUUCAUUUCUUUAUCCUUCUGUUUGUUCUUUCAUUUGGUUUAUUUUUAUUUGAUUUCAUGCUUAACACGAGGACUGACUCCAAAGUUCAUAUUCUCCAACCCGACGUUGUGGGUAGAUUAUACUGGACAUAAUAGUCCCUCAUGAUCGAUCCUCAAUCGAUCAAACUGCAUUGACUUCCUCAAAGUAAACAUCUAUAGGGUUUUGAUAUCGUUCACUACUAGACUUGGCAUUUGGCAUGAAAUAUGGUAGGAAUAAACCUAACAAAGAUCUAACAACUCAUAUGUUGCUAGGAUUGGAGUUACGAUUCUAAGAAAGUCUAGGGGGAGCUUGCCUAUCCAACGCCUCAUCCUCCUGCUACCUCCGUAUGUCAGUAGCUUUAGCUUUACUUCUAUGCAUUGUUUUCCUUUUGAUUUUGUAAAACCAAAAGGAACUUCAAUCUUAGAGGAACCUCAACCUCCACAUUCAAGUUUUAAACACCAUAGAACUCUUCCCUUACCACUUGAGUAAGUGGUUGUGAGAGACCCUAGGGAAAUAUGAUCCUAGCCUCAAAACGGGUAAAUUUGAUCGCACAAUACAACAUGACUGUCUAAGGGGGUUGGGGGCUAUAUUUUAGUUCUUUAGCACCCUAUUGGAGAUAGUCUAAGUGAUAUGAACUCAAUUCCAUCAUCGUACAAGCUCCAAUUGAUCGCUCAAAGAUCGGACCAAGUUGAUAAGAAACAAGCUGGAAAAUGUCUAAGUGUUGGAACAGUUCUAGGAAGCAUACUUUGGAGGGUUGGUUAUCUCAAAUGGGUAAGUGAAAUGCAAGUUUGAGGGUUUGUUUUGAAGACUGGAUGUUCCUCCACAACUUGGUGCAUUUGGAUUGUCGAGGGAAAGCUAGGAAGGAUGUGUUUCAAGCCAAUCAAAACCCUGCCCUGCAACCUGAAAACUGCCUGAUUUUGACUAAGGCAUAAGGCCAGUUUGAGAUAGCAACUUUGAGCUUGAAAUCACGAAGUUUGGCACGACCAGCUGGAGCUUGGAGUUAGGAAUGAAAGUAUAAAAAUUUCUAAACCUAGAGAAGGAAUUGGCUAACCUCGACUCAACCCAGAAGGCCAAUUUCCAGAAGCUUGAAGUUGGCAUCGAGAGCUGUUUCCUAGACAGCUAGCUUGGGAGAGAAGAUGGUUACUUGAGUUGCAAAUUUCAUUGAUCUAUACACUUUUCCUUUCCUUGUUUGGUUCCAAAUUGUGUUCUUGUUCUUUUAGGAUUGUAAUUGGGUUUAUUUGGAUAUAAAUAGCCUCACUUUGUGAUAUGAUUCCAAGGGGCGUAUUACUUUGAUUUGUAGAAGCACGUUUUGAGUUUAAUCAAAAUUACUACGAGGAGUUUUCCCCAAGCAUGCGAGCUAGGUUUGUUCUUGGUUUUUUCCAAGGAUUGCAGAUCAAUCAAGCCAAUUAUUCACCUUGGUUGAUUGGUGAAUCUACCCACGUUAGCCUCCUCCCUUUUGUGUCGAGGUUGCUGACCUGGUUCCCUUUACUUUCCAUCGAUUCCACCCUCUGUUUUACUAUGAAAUCACCACCAUCACGACUCCUUUGCUCCCCGUUGUGAGAUUCUGAAUCGAGUUCCCAUCCUUGGGCUCAUCACUAAGGGUUGAAAGCCACAUCAAAGUCCAUAAACAUAUCCAAAGACAACAUAAAAGGCUCACAACAAAUAACAACCCAAAAUCCCAUAAGAACCCCUCAACAACCCAAUAACAUAUAGCACAAAACCCUAAAUGAUCUUCAAAUGCAACCCUAUGGAGUCGUCGGCACAAUAAUCGAAAAAGAUCCUACCACCAUCUUUAGACCAAUGCCAGGGAAGUAGAGCAGGGCGUUUGGGAACAAUGAAGAGGAAGACGUUGAAUGUAGUCAUAGGAGAAGCUGAACACACCAACCAAAGGCACAACCACCACGACAAAUCACAGAUAGAGAUUAUCCAAACAGUUGAUAACUUGAUAUAUACACAUGUUUUGCCCACUAUUUUUGCAUCGUUUGAGGCUCGAUUCUCGUGUUUUAAGCUGAUUUCACGCUUGGUUGUGCUUUUGUGUCAUAUUUCAGGACCUAAAGCGGAAUGGAGGCAUGGAAGAGAGUUUCGGGUCGAAAGCGGAAAGAUGGCAGAAAAGUGGAGUUGGAAGGCAAAAUACCAAGUCAGGCCACCCAUAUAUCCUACUAGGUAUAUUCAGGCGAGACCUGGUAAGCUAUAUGGGAGAACCCAUGAGGCCCCCGAUCGUGAACUAAAAAUACCUGACCGAGUAUUUCACCAAUGGUCGGGUAUUUCCCCUGCGCAGAGAUGACGAUGCGCACCGUUUUGCUUAAAUACCUGGUCUGGUCCCCUAAUAUCCACCAGGUAUUCAGAUCGGGUAUGCCCAACUCGGGCUGUUACAAGUGGAACUCGGGUUUUGGAUGGCGAUUCGAGUUUUGAAGCUGAAAAUAGAGGUAUAGAGAGAGAGAAAGUGACGAACAAAGACCCUUGAGUGCCCUAAAUCAAGUUUUCCCAUCAUUGGAGCUCAAUUCAAGCCUUGAUGAGUGACGAUUGACGACCUGGAGCAUAUUUAUCCCGUCUACAUGAUGAUUUAUGCAUCCAACAUAGCUUUCCUCUCUCUCUCUCUCUCUCUCUCUCUCUCUCUCUCUCUCUCUCUCUCUCUCUUUCUCUCUAUAUGAAGUAAUCCCCUAUAUCACUUGGGUAUGUAAGAACACUAGAUUGUAUGUUAGGAAUAGUUGUAUGAACCCUUUUUCAUGAAUGAUUGAUUGAUUUAUAUCCAAUUGAAGUAUUUAUUCAGAACUGCCUGAGUCCUGAUCAAAUUCUAGUGAUUCCUGCUUUGACCUAGAAAGAUAAUCUCUAUAUACGUCAAAAGAGCAUCUUGAAUUGGAGGCAGUGAAUUGGCCACUUUAGUCGAGAAGUCGAUUCACUGCUCUGUACUGGUUUAGAACCUAGUAGAGGAAGUUUAAAUCUUAUUGCCUCGGUUGGCUUACGCCGGUGGAGGUUAGUCGCCCGCCGAGUAUUCAAACUGAGAGGGUCUGGAGCACUUUAGUCGAGACUCCACACUGUUUGAGAAAUUUCCGCAGUUUAAACAUCAAUCGAAGUGACUUAGGAUAAUUACAACUUGGCCUAACUGCGAUCUAGAGGGACUCAUACCUGACUGAGCCUUCUUAAUCUGAAUUCAACCAUUACUUGCAUUUUGUUUAUUUUGCUAUUGAACACUUCACUCAACUUGUCCCGCUAGAUAAUAGAUAAUCAUAGAGUAGGCAGUACAUCUAGGCCUAGGUUCGAUAAGUAAAACUGAUCCAGUAUACGGAAUUUCUAAGCUGUAAUUACAUUUGGUCGUAGUUUGGUGUUAUGUUUUAGCGAGUCAAGUCUUUGGCGCCUUCGUUGGGGACUUCUAAGUUAUUGCAGAAACGUGAAGAUCUGUUACUUUAGCAUUUUCUUUCUGCAUUUGUUUUCCUCUUCCUGUUUGCCUUCAUGGGUUGUGUUUGCAGUCUGUGUGCAGGUAGUGCAUGACCCAUAGCUAGUCGGGAGAUCUACAUCUGUUAGACCACAAGCUUGAACGGACUUGUCGCCAGUUUAAGACAGCACUAAAGGCACGAAUGACUGCGGAGGAAGACUUAACUCAACUGAACAUCGCACAGGAAGGAGAAAUGGGUGAUCCCAAUAUGGAGCUGGGGAUGUGGAAGACCAGCCCGAGGAGCGGAACUUGGGAUACUACUGGACCGCUAGGGCCGCACACAUGAGGUCAAGCAUCCAACACCCUCAAGUUAUUGCCAACAAAUUUGAGGUGAAUACCUCUUUUAUCAUAAUUUUGAGAGGUUCAGUGGUUUUCCAUAGGAAGACAGACGAGAGUCCCCGCACACACCUCUGGCGAUUCCACGAGCUGAUUGAUGCGAACAAGAUCAAUGGGGUCCCUCAAGAUGUCAUCCAACUAUGCUACUUUCCAUUUACUCUGGAUGGACAGGCCAAGAUGUGGUUGGACAACCGGCCUCCGGGGUCAAUCACGACAUUUACCGACUUGUCCAACAAAUUCCUGGCCCGCUAUCAUCCACCUUCUAAAAUAGUGGACAUGCAGAAGGAGAUUACCCAUUUUGCCCAAGAGGAGGAAGAGACUAUCCAGGACGCUUGGGAGAGAUAUCAAGGUCUCUUCUUGAAGUGUCCCAACCAUGGUAUCAAUGAUGCCUUCAAAGUGAGUACCUUCUAUCGGUCUCUCUUUCCUGAAGAUAAGCAGUUGAUCGACUCGGUUUGUGGCGGGAACAUGUUGACUAAGAAGCCACCAAUGUUGAAGCAUCUCUUUGAAGACAUGGCGGAGCACGACUAUGAUUGGGAUCUGCUAAGAGAUCCUGGCGAGCACCGGGUGGUGGUGUGAACACCAUGGACACCCCGUCGUCCGAUCUGGUGAGUGCGAUCACUAAGAUGGUCCCAGCGAUGGAUGGAAAUGGGAUGGUUCCCGGUACAGGGCAGCAGCAGGUAAUGUAUUGCCAGUGGUGCGAGAGCAGCCACAACACGGUUUAAAAAUUAUUAGGCAAUGAGGGAAUCUACUACACCUCAAGAGCAGCCGAACUUCAUCGGCAAUGCUAGGCGCUACGACCCCUACAACAACACUUAUAACGAGGGGUGACGCCAACAUCCUAACUUCUCUUUGAGUGGUAACAGUAAUCCUGAGCCACCAGUCUAACAGGGACCACCAGGCUUUCAAAGGCCGCCAUACCAGGCCUACCAAUUCUAGCAGCCGCAACAACCUCUUUAUCAGCCCAGACAAGGGAAACCUAUUACUUAACAGAAGCAACAACAGUUUCAGCAGCUGAACGCAGAAAUUCAACAACAUCGAGCGGUUCUUGGAAAAGGCUUCAAACAAGUUUCUAGAGUUGAAAGCUGGUCAGAGAAACAUCCAGGUUAUUCUGUAGGAUAUAAAACCCAACUUGGUAG